GGUGGGGGGGGGCCGGGAGGCCUCCGGGAGGCGCUGCCCUCCCCACGCCGUGCCCCGGGGCUGCGGAGCUGCUGGGAGGGGAGCGGCGGCGGGGGGGGGAGGCACCGGGAGCUGCCCCGACCUCCCCUGGGUGGCUGCGGGCCCGCCGCUGAGGCCCCGCGCUCAGCACCAUGGCCCCGGGCUGGUGGCUGGCGGCGGGGGGGUUCCGCAGGGUCUGGGCCCCCCGGGAUGCAGGGGGGGAGAAGGGCUCGGAGCUGCCGCAGCACUCCCGGUACAGGGCCCGGGCUGACUCCUGGACCCGGAGCCGCGGUGUGGAGCUGAGCUCCGUGGCCGGGAUCCCCCCGGGAGGCAGGAGCAAGGAGCCCCGGCCGGCAGCGAGGCAGCGUCUGGCCCACAAAGGGUUACGCAAGGCACCCGGGAGUGACACCGCUGCCACCAGCCCCAGAGCUCAGCUCCUUCCUGGUCGGAUCCAGCCUCCGCUGGGGCUGAGCCACCGCUGGGUGGCCGCCAUGGAGGAGAUGGUGAUCUGGGAGCAGCACACCGUGACGCUCAGCAAGGACCCUCAACGGGGCUUCGGUUUUGCCGUUUCGGGAGGCAGGGACCGUCCCAACAAGGUGACCGGGGACACCGCGGUGAUUGUGUCCGAUGUGGUGGCUGGGGGACCAGCGUUCGGCCAGCUCCAGAGGAAGGAUCAGAUUGUGAUGGUCAACGGCCUCUCCAUGGACAACGCCUCGUCCUCCUUCGCCAUCCAGACGCUUAAGACCUGCGGCAAGAUCGCCAACAUUACACUGAAAAGACAGAAGAAAAUUCACAUUCCUGUGAGCAAGAGUGGCCCUGGGUCCCCCGCGGUGCAGCGGCGCUACGACUCGGAUGAGGACGACGGGUUGCGUGGUGGGGAUCUGGCCCUGCGCAGCACCCGGCGGCACCGCUCCCGCGAUGACCUGGACCACAGCCGGGGCUAUGAUGGGGACUCGUCCAGCGAGAGGAGCUCUGGUCACCACCGGGACGACCGCCGCCAGCACAAGUCGGUGUCCCGCAGCCGGAGACGAAGCCAGGACAGCGGCCACUGGAGGCAGAGCCCCGACAGCGGCUCGGAUCGCAGGGGCUACAGCCGGCGCCGCUCCGCCAACGGCUUCGGCCACGAAGGGGACACCAACGGGCUGGACCUGGUGUCGGGGUUCAAGCGGCUGCCGCACCAGGAUGUGCUGAUGAAGCCCAUCACGUCAGUCCUGGUGAAGAAGAAGGAGAGUGAAGAGUACGGCCUGAAGCUGGGAAGUCAGCUCUUCAUCAAGCACAUCGUGGAGAGCGGGCUGGCGGCGAAGGGCAGCUCCUUGCAGGAGGGAGACCUCAUCCUGAAGAUCAACGGGGUGGCCAGCGAGGACAUGUCCCUGGCUGACACGCAGCAGCUGAUUGAGCGGACGGAGGGGACCCUGACCCUGCUCGUCCUCCGGGACCACCGGCAGUUCCUGGUCAACAUCCCUGACAUGGAAGACAUCCAGAGUGACAGCUCCCGGAUGGACGAUAUCUCUGACAUGUCUGACGUGUCCCACCCGCCAUCCCCCCAGACCUCCCCACGACUUCCAGCUGCUGCCAGGAUGAAUUCACCACCAGAGAGGAGACGAGCGAGCAAGAACGCCGCAACCAACACGAACACACACGAUGCUCUGGGCCAUGAUGUGCUGGAAGCUGUGGAGGGGGACGGCCACCACAGCCCCCGCACCAGCCCCGCUGCCCAAGCUGCCUGCAAGAACGGGUACAGCCCCGACACCAGGAUCGUGCAGUUCGUGAAGGCCAAGAGCGUGGGGCUGCGGCUGGCUGGCGGGAACGACGUGGGCAUCUUCGUGUCGGGUGUACAGGAGGGGAGCCCGGCCGACAGCCAGGGCAUCCAGGAAGGGGACCAGAUCCUGCAGGCGAACGACACCAGUUUCCAGAACCUGACCCGCGAGGAGGCCGUGCAAUAUCUCUUGAAGCUGCCGCCGGGUGAGGACAUCACGCUGCGGAUCCAGAGCAAGCAGGACAUUUUCAGAAAGAUGAUCUCGUCCAACGUGGGUGACUCGUUCUACAUCCGGACACAUUUUGACUACGAGAAGGACACGCCGUCAGGGCUCAGCUUUGCCCGUGGGGACAUCUUCCACGUGCUGGACACCAUAUACCGGGGCAAGCUGGGGAACUGGCUGGCCGUGCGCGUGGGCAGGGACCUGCAGGAGCAGGACAAGGGCAUCAUCCCCAACCAGAGCAGGGCCGAGCAGAUCGCCAGUCUGGAGUCAGUGCUGAAAGCCUCAUCCGGUACCAACCCCUCAGGGGCACGGGCCGAGUUCUGGAAGCUACGAGGCCUGCGGGGAGCCAAGAAGAUGCUGCGGAAGAGCCGGGAGGAUCUGUCUGCCCUCACGAAGCAGGGCCAUUACCCCCCGUACGAGAAGGUGGUUCUGAAGGAAGCCAACUUCAAGCGGCCGGUGGUGAUCCUGGGCCCCAUCGCGGACAUCGCCAUGCAGAAGCUGAGCACGGAGCUGCCGGCGCUGUUUGAGAUUGCCCCAAGCGUGCCCCGAGACGGGACAUCAUCCAAGGUCAUCAAGUUGGACUCGGUGCGGCAAAUUGCAGAAAAGGACAAGCACGCCCUGCUGGACAUCACCCCCUUGGCUGUGGAGCGCCUCAACUACGUGCAGUACUACCCCGUGGUGGUGUUUUGUGAGCCGGAGAGCCGGCAGGGCAUCAAGGCCAUGCGCCAGUGGCUGGCGCCCGAAUCCAGGAAGAGCUCCCGGCGCCUCUACGCCCAGGCCACCAAGAUGAAGAAGUACUGCAGCCACCUCUUCACUGCCACCAUCAGCCUCAGCGGCAGCGGCAACGCCUGGUACGAGCAGAUCAAGGAGAUCAUCAGGACGCAGCAGAGCCAGCCUGUUUGGACGGCAGCAGAGCAGGUGGACGUGGCUCUGGAGGACAGCCUGGACCUGCUGAACCCACCAAGCAGGGCAGCCUCGGGCUACCUGACCUGUGACAGCCACGCCAACAGCGACUACGACGACACGGAUGGCGAGGCGGGUGCCUACACUGACGGCGAGGCAGAGGACGCCUACGACCAGCCCGCCCUGGCCCGCUCCUCUGAGCCGGCACAGAUGUACCCCAGCCAUGGGCUGAGCGAGCAGGCGACAGAGCAGCACCCGCAGGGACAGUGGAGGCAGCACAGCAGCAUCAGGGAGUACGAGCACGAGGCUGUGAGGAAGAGAUUCACGCGAGCCAGAGAUGACUCGGACCAGGACGAAGGCUACGAGUGGGGCCCUGCUACGGAUGUGUAGUGGAGCAGGCUCAGCGCCUGCCCAGGACCCCCCUCACGCUGCCGGGCCAGCCUCUGCCCUGCUGGGCAGCCAGGGCCCCUUGGGCCACCCCUGCCACAGCCCCAGGCCACCGGGGCCGGGUGGCAGCCCCAGCAGUGCCACGCAGCAUCCCGCAGCUGGGCCAGGUUGCGCCCGCGCCCAUCACCAGCCACCACCACCAAGUGCCUCCUUCCCCCUUUCAUCCGCAGCUGAAAUAAAGGGGACGUUUUGAGUAGGA